UGACGAUCUUCACACUUCGUGUCUCAAUUGAUAACUAAUAAACCUCAUCAUUCAAAAUACACUGCCUGCUUGUUCAUCGAGUCGCCCAUAAUGUCUCUAUCGCGCCAGGUCGAUCCGGAGGAGAUCAUUCAGCACUUCCAAGACCUGCGCACGCCCUCGACGAGCCCCAGCUCCCUAGGAGGAGGAAGAGGAGAACAUCUGACCCCCUUCUCGACCCCCUACGCCAGCCAGCGCGACAUCCCCAAGUACCAGAUCCCGCAGGACGGCGCGCCGGGCGACACGGUGUACGAGAUGAUCAAGGACGAGCUGGACCUCGACGGCAGGCCGAACCUCAACCUGGCCAGCUUCGUCGACACGUACCUCGAGGGCAACGCGCAGCGGCUCAUGGUCGAGAACCUGAGCAAGAACCUGGCCGACAACGACGAGUACCCGGCCAUGCUGGCCAUCUCGAACCGGUGCGUCUCCAUCCUGGCGCACCUGUGGGGGGUGCGCAAGGGCGAGAGGGCCGUCGGCGCCCCCACCGUCGGCUCCUCCGAGGCCAUCCACCUCGGCGGCCUGGCCAUGAAGCGCCGCUGGCAGGAGCGGCGGCGGGCCCAGGGCAGGGACACGGCGCGCCCCAACAUCGUCAUGGGCGCCAACGCCCAGGUCGCCCUGCUCAAGUUCGCGAGGUACUUCGAGGUGGAGGAGCGGGUGCUGCCCGUGUCGGCCAAGAGCAGGUACUGCCUGGACCCGGACCUGGUCAGGGAGAACAUCGACGAGAACACGAUCGGCGUCUUUGUGAUCCUGGGGAGCACGUACACGGGGCAUUACGAGCCCGUCGAGGAGAUCAGCCGGAUCCUGGACCAGUUCCAGGAGAAGACCGGGGUCGACAUCCCCAUCCACGUGGACGCGGCCAGCGGUGGUUUCGUAGCCCCGUUUACCCACGCAGGGGCCGGCGGGCGGAAGUGGAACUUUGAGCUCCCCCGGGUAGUCUCCAUCAACAGCUCAGGUCACAAGUAUGGUCUAGUAACGGCCGGAGUCGGCUGGAUCAUCUGGCGCGACCAGUCCUACCUCUCCCGGGACCUCAUCUUUGAGUUGCACUACCUCGGCGGGACCGAGGAGUCCUUCACCCUCAACUUCUCCCGCCCGGGCUCGCAGGUGAUCGUGCAGUACUACAACCUCAUCCACCUCGGCUUCUCGGGCUACCGCGAGAUCAUGGAGAACUGCCUGGCCAACGCCCGCAUCCUCUCCCAGAGCCUCGAGGCCACCGGUUGGUACACCUGCAUCAGCGAGAUCCACCGGCCGUUGGCGCCGCCCAGCCCCGCCGCUGGGGCAGGGCCUGGGCCUCGGGGCCGCCGCCGUCGCGUCAAGGGGGCCGUCACGGGCCAACCCGCCGCGCCGGACGGGGAGGGGACGACGGGGACGACGACGACGACGACGACCGAGACGUCGGCGGGUUACGUCGCCGGGCUGCCCGUCGUCUCUUUCCGGCUGACGGACGAGUUCCGGCGCGAGUACCCGCACGUCCGGCAGGAGACCAUCUCGCUCCUGCUGCGGGCGCGCCAGUGGAUCGUGCCCAACUACGCGCUCCCGCCCGGCGAGGACGGCACCGAGAUCCUGCGCGUCGUCGUCCGCGUCAGCAUGAGCUUCGACCUGCUCGACCGCCUGGUGACCGACAUCGUGCAGGUGACCGAGACGCUGAUGGAGCGGGACGAGGUGGACCUGUCGGUGCUGCCCGCGCAGCACGUGGGCCCGCGGCCGCGGGUGAAGAAGCGGGAGGGGGAGAGGCUGAAGGACGUCGGGAGGGAGGCCGGGAAGAAGAGGAUGACGGGCGGGAUCCAUCGGUCCGUCUGCUGA